AUGAAGCUCGAAAGCGCAACUAGAUCGAAUGCGGCUGGGCUCCCUGGGAUGAAAUCCUCACUCUCGAAGCCCAAUUCCCACGUCACAGUCUCAACGAAGGUGAAGAGGUUCCUCUCAGUUUGCCGGAGUCCAUCGAAGCGUUCAGAAUGUAUAACCCUAGGUACCGAAAUUGUGAGUGCUGGAGGCAGUACAGUAUGGGGGAGUCCUGCAGAUGUAGGAAGUGUUGUAGGAGGGGAAGCAUUUGAUGUGGUUUUGGACAAAAAUGGCAAGGAUCUUGAUGCUUCGAGGCCGGUGAUAGAUUGGGCCAAGAGUGCAGGUGCCAAGCAAUUCUUGUUCAUCAGUAGUGCCGGAAUCUACAAACCAACGGAUGAACCUCCUCAUGUUGAAGGGGAUGCUGUCAAAGCAGAUGCUGGUCAUGUUGGAGUUGAGAAAUACAUUGAAGAAACUUUUGACAGUUUGGCAGUAUUCAGGCCACAAUAUAUGUUAGGGUCUGGAAAAUGCAACUAG